AUGGCCGACGAUUCGCAACAAGACGGUCCUGCUGCAAUGACAUAUGAUAUUCAACAACGACAUAGAAAACCCGGAGGUGCUAGUAGAGGUGUGACGCAACCUAGCCCUAGAUCAGAUUUGAGAUCAGACGUAUUAUCGGCUAGGGUUGGUGUUAGACCUGAGCGCGGCAUGAAGCUUCAAGAAUUUGGCCUGCAUGCUUCAAGAGCCCAGGAUUCGAAACACACCCCGGUUCGUCCAAUUUUCCCCAACGCCAGCAACUUCAGUCAUCAUUACAGCGACAAAGAUGGCUACGAUGCUGAUGAAGACAAUGAAUUCGAAGAUUCAACAAUCACUACAAACGCCCCUUCCACUGCUCAUUCUACCCCAUCUACCGAUCAUUCACCUCAAAUACCACCGUUACCAAACUCCCCAUUGUCCCCUCGGUGGGAUUCUCUAGGCUACGACCGUUCUGCCACUCUUAGCCCUACGUCUCCGGCCGUCAGCAGCCUCCAUAGCAGAUCCUCGAACGCGACCGACGAGAUACACUUUGCUUCCGAGAUUAGAGAUGAAUUCCCAUCGUCACCCGUCAAGAUGAGCACCCCCGAAACGCCACGCGUAGAUAACUUCUCGAGGCCUCGAAAACCGAGCAUUAAACAGCCUUACAACGAAUCACCUCGUGCCAUGGCUACUAAUCACCUUCCAACCGAGCCGAGCCAUCUCGACAUCUCACCCGGCCACCCUCUAUCGUGGACGCGAGAACGCGGCCAAUCCAUCUCGUCCAACAUAUCCGCUGCGACUUUUUCCUCCGUUCCCGGGCGACCUCCUCCUGAAAUGCACAGUCGAGAGCAUCUUCGGAGCAGAGGCCGAACGCCGCACCCUCCGCCCACCCGAUACCCUUUAUCGUACAACCGUGCCGAAAGUACCGGACCGAGUUUCUCGAGGGACCCCAUCCAUCGGAUGGCAUCUCUGCCGAGCGAGGAGCUUAGAUCAAGUUAUCGAUCCCAACUCUCGGCGUCUACGGCCCAGGGGACGGCAAUAACUGAAAGGAGUAGCAUCGCGACUAAGAGCAGUUCUAGAACCUCGGUCUACGGAGCGGCCGAUGAUUCGCUUAGUAUUAACGAUAUAAUGGGAAUGUACGAGAAGGGUUUCUACGACGACUCAGCUCCCGAGGACAACAAUGAGAUGGUGGACUCGAGGCCGGGCACUGCAAAAUCAGAAUUGAGUAGGAGGAGAACUGCUAUGCUGGACGCGAUGACUGUCUUUCUACCAACUCCGGAAUCACCAGACGCGACUUCUGACUCUGGCCAAGUCGAGCAGGACUCUGUUUCUAUUUCUCAUGAUCCUGACGAACACGAUUCCUCAUCUGAACAGGAAGGGCCUGAGGAAGGGCCUGAGGAGAUAUCCGAAGAGAUGCCUGAGAUGCCCGAAAUAUUGGAGAGCACCCAUUUGGAUUCUAUUCAUGAUACUGAGGAUGGCUACAGCCCCUUGCCCCCCUCGCGCCACCCGACCGUAUCGACUAUCGCGGAGGACGACGACGAGCGAGAUCGCUACGGGUUUCGGAAAAGCAAUCAAUACAUUAACCGGGAGCAGUAUGAUAACUGGAACCAGGGAUAUACCGAGUACCUAGAGAGGAGGCGAAAAAAGUGGACCGCCUUUCUUAGGGAACACGGGCUGAUGACUGACAAGCCUAACCGGUUCCCUCCUCGAUCUAACAAGACGAAGCGAUUUGUACGUAAGGGAAUACCUCCCGAUUGGAGGGGCGCUGCUUGGUUCUAUUACGCUGGUGGGCCUGCCGUUGUUGCGAAACAUGCCGGUCUGUAUGAUGGCCUUUUGAAACAAAAAGCCAAGGGUGUGGACGUCGAGGCGAUCGAGCGUGAUUUGCACCGUACGUUUCCGGAUAAUAUCAAAUUUCGCUCUGGUCCCGUUUCCCUCUCCGAUGGCAGUGAACAAGCACUUGCGAAAGAGACCGAGGGCAUCACCCCCGUCGUUGAGAAGCCGAUGAUCGUAUCUCUGCGCCGUGUAUUGCACGCCUUUGCCAUCUACAAUCCCAAGAUCGGAUAUUGCCAGUCCCUCAACUUUUUAGCAGGCUUACUCCUGCUCUUCGUAGAAAGCGAGGAAAACGCCUUCUGGUUACUAAAUAUCAUAGCCCGCGUAUAUCUUCCCGGGACGCACGAGACGAGCCUCGAAGGCGCGAAUGUUGAUCUCGGAGUGCUCAUGUCCUCGUUAAGGGAAUCUAUGCCCAACGUCUGGGCCAAGAUCGGUGGCGAGCUGGACGGUACGGAUGUCGUAUGGGCAAAGAGCUGGAGGCACAGACAUCGAGCCGAAACGACUCGACUUCCGCCUAUUACCCUUUGUAUGACUGCUUGGUUUAUGAGCUGUUACAUCGGUACUUUACCCAUCGAGAGCACUUUGCGUGUAUGGGACGUUUUCUUUUACGAGGGAUCCAAAACGCUGUUUCGAAUUGCUUUAGCAAUCUUUAAGAUCGGCGAGAACGAGAUCAAGAGCGUGGGAGAUCCUAUGGAGAUCUUCCAGGUAGUGCAGACGAUCCCUCGCAGGCUUAUCGACGCCAACGCUUUAAUAGAAGCCUGCUUCAAGCGUCGUAACGGUUUCGGCCAUCUCAGCCAAGAAACGGUGGAGCAAAAGAGGCAAGAAAGACGGGUUCAAGUUAAAGCCGAGCGAGAAAAGCAAACAGGCAAUAUCGUUUCGAUAGAUUCAGAUUUCAAGAAGAAGGGCAACCUUUUCGGCCGACGGAGAUAA